UUAAGGGGGAAUUUGUUUGUAUUCACUGGUUUGACAUUUCUCUGCCUAUUAUCUCUAUGUGAUUCCUUGUAUAUGAUAAAUAUUGAUAUCGAGAAGAUUAUAAAUAUCGUAUAAACAUAUUAAUAUAUAAGGAUUUAAUUAAAGGGAAUCAUGCUUGUAUUGGUAUUGGGCGACUUGCAUAUUCCACACAGAUGUAGCAGUCUUCCAAGUAAAUUCAAAAAACUGCUAGUACCUGGUAGAAUACAGCAUAUUUUAUGUACUGGCAAUCUUUGUACAAAAGAAUCCUAUGAUUAUCUCAAAACACUAGCCAGCGAUGUACAUGUAGUUAGAGGAGAUUUUGAUGAGAAUCUAAAUUAUCCAGAACAGAAGGUAGUCACUGUAGGCCAGUUCAGAAUUGGGCUUUCCCAUGGACAUCAAGUGGUGCCAUGGGGUGAUCCUGAAUCUUUAGCACUGAUACAGAGACAAUUGGAUGUUGAUAUUUUGAUAUCUGGUCAUACUCAUAAAUUUGAGGCAUAUGAGCAUGAAAAUAAAUUCUACAUUAAUCCUGGAUCAGCUACUGGAGCUUAUAAUCCUUUAGAUACAUCAGUCAUACCAUCGUUCGUAUUGAUGGAUAUUCAAAGCUCAACAGUGGUCACUUAUGUGUACCAACUGGUUGGAGACGAAGUCAAAGUAGAGAGAAUUGAAUACAAAAAAAGUUAGAAUUAAUGGAUUUUUCAGCAUGCAUCUAUCAGUGCGAGUAUAUCCUGAAUUCAAUAAAAAUGUGCAUAAACAUGUAAUAUUUGCAGGGCACUUGCAAUUCCCUUGAAUUAAUUAAUUAAUUAAACAAGGAUAAUUAAUCGUAUAUUUGUUGUAAAUAAAAUAAUAUCGAUUAUAUAUUAUGUAAAA